GAAUUAUUAUAUAUUCUAUGUACCUUGUUUACGUAAAAUGAAAAUAAAGGAAACGUUCAAAUUAUCUUAAAAGGAAUAGGAAUCUUUCAUAUUGGAUAAUAUACUAUUUUUCAACUAAGGAACAGCAAUUUUAAUUUUAACUGUUUGCCUUGCUGUUGUGAAUAUUUUACCUGUUUACCACAUAUAAUAAAUAUGACAUCUCCUUCUAAAUCUCCAGACCAAAGUGAUAAAAGUAAAAAAUACGACCGACAACUAAGGCUUUGGGGUGAUCAUGGACAAAUGCUUCUUGAAAAAGCUAAAAUUUGCCUCAUCAAUGCUACCGCCUUAGGUACAGAAAUUUUGAAGAAUUUAGUUCUACCCGGAAUUGGCAGAUUCACUGUUAUAGAUGCGAAUCUUGUAACUCAUGAAGACGUUGGCGCAAAUUUUUUUUUAGAUUCAGAAUCUAUUGGAGAAUCUAGAGCUGAAUGUACAGCAUAUUAUUUAUGCAAACUGAAUGUGGAUGUACUGGGAGAUUAUAUAGAAACUUCUCCUGAUUAUAUUUUAAGUAAUCCAGAUGCAUUUUUUACCGAAUUUGAUCUAGUUAUUGCAACUGACUUAUCUGAAAAAAUGUUAAUUGCAUUCUCUCAACGUAUGUGGCGACUAAAUAUUCCUCUCAUAGUAUGUAGAACUAUUGGUUUUCUUGGCUAUAUAAGAUUGCAAGUGAAAGAGCAUACAGUUAUAGAGUCUCAUCCUGACAAUGAAAAUCCUGAUCUAAGAUUAUCGAAUCCAUGGCCUGAAUUGGAAAGCCAUUUACAAAAGACGGAUAUUUCAAAACUGGAUAGUAAAGAAAGGAGUCAAGUUCCAGCUAUAACAAUACUAUAUUAUUUCAUUUCCAAGUUUAAACAAGAGCAUAAUGGUGUUUUGCCUUCAACUAGAGAAGACAAGAAUGAAAUUCGUAAAAUGAUCCGAGAGAGUGCUAUAAAUGAUGAAAAUGGUGUCAGAUUAUUAGAGGAAAACUUCGAGGAAGCGAUACGAUUAGUAAACACAUGUAUUUCAAGUGAAACGAUACCACAACAUAUAAAAGAUAUUCUAGAUGACAAUUGUUGUAUAAAUUUAACAGAAGAUUGCCCACCUUUUUGGAUCAUGUGUGCUGCUCUUAAGGAAUUUGUGGAAUCUGAAGGUGCUCUUCCUGUAAGAGGAACUUUGCCAGAUAUGACUAGUGACUCGGAGAGUUAUAUCAAAUUACAACAACUUUAUCAGAGUAAAGCUCAAGAACAGGCCGAAGCGAUCUAUAGAAAAUGUGGACAAAUUGCAGUGAAUAAUGGAGCCCACCAAGACUUUGUUUUGGAAUCAGAGGCCAAACGCUUCUGUAAACACGCCAGUGAAAUUCACGUAAUGAGAGGAAGCUGCAUUGCCGAUGAAUACACAAAGCACUGCCCAGACCUCUCAUCUUAUUUAGAGGAUCCCGAUAGUUUGAUAUUUUAUUACGUGAUUCUUAGAGGACUAGAACGUUAUAUCGGAGAGUUCAACACUUAUCCUGGCCAAUACGACGAUCAUGUCGAACCUGACGUUUUGAAACUCAAAACGAUAAUUGGAAAAUUGUUGAACGAAUGGGGAUGUACUCAGAUUCUGAGAGAAGAGAGGGUUCACGAAAUUUGUAGAUAUGGAGGGGCCGAAUUGCAUUCAGUCUCUGCUGUUUUAGGGGGUGCCGCUGCACACGAAGCUAUCAAAUUGCUCACUCGUCAGUACAAACCCCUGAAUAAUACUUUCAUUUAUGAUGCUAUUACCUCAACUUCAGCUACUUACACCUUAUAAUUUUUGUUAUAUGUGAUAACUUUUCGGUAAUAUUUCUCUACUAGUUAUAUCUACAUAGAGUUGGCUGCAUCGUACAGAGAUUUUUUUUGUACAAUCGUUUCAAUUAUACUGUUUGAUGUAAUAAAAACUUAUGAUUAUUGGAACAGUA